CUGCGUUCCUCGGAGAGCAGGUGGAGUGUGCCAUAUUGUAAAUUCCCUGCAGAGGAGUCACCAGAGGGCGGGAGUGGAGGGGCGCUGAGACAGGCGUCACCACUACCAUCAACACGGCCACUAGAAGUGACAGUGGUACUCCAGCCAGAGAAGUUGCCACUUGUACUCAACACCUCGCCCGCCAUGAGGGCUAAUAAAACUGUACCGAUACCAGGCAGGGGGUUACACAGCAGCUCGUCAUACGAGAGUGUACAACUGCCGGGAAGCAUCUUAGACGAGACGCGACCCCUAGCCAUCUGCGACGCUCUACAGGCUACCUAUGAAACCUACAGCGACAACUAUACGCUACACAAGGACUCUGAUGUCCGCAAGGUCAGUAUUCAUGGUGUUGCUAAUCUUGCCUUUUGGGAGGAUAGUAUGCAUAAGACUGGUGCUAGAUCCUGUCGUUUAAUCUGAGGUUAUCCGCUAAGGAAAGAACUUUGUAUCUAGCCACUGCUGUUUCUUCCCUCACGGGACCUG